AUGCCAGAAUCAAAAGCAGCCACUGCCGCUGGAGUUGAAGCUGAAGCUGACGCUGCAAGCCAGAUGCCGCGACCUGAGGCAGCGAAGAAGCACGAGGCUUCGAACAUGAACAAGGAAAAUAAAGACAGCCCCGCGCAUGCUACGGACCAUGUGCCUGAGCACGGCUUGCGAGUGGCCUUACCGACCUCGUCUGCGUUCGAGGACUAUAUUGUAUAUCCCAUCCUGUUCGUUACUGUUCUCUAUCAUAUCAUACAUUUCAUUCCUUCUACACUUUUACCGGCGACAUUUCGUCAUGCUUGGUGGGGAUACCCGAGUGAUCUCUUCCUCCUCUCACAGGCACCUACAUCUGUGCCUACACUGGUCUUGCGCGAGUCUUUGAAGCCCAAUGGUCUGCUAGGACAGUCAACAUGGAUUGCGCAAUGGCGCAACACAUUCGGUAACGACAUAUUGGAACAGCUAAUCACUCGGCUUUCGAGUGUGGAAGGUCGCGUACGUAUGAUACCCCGCUGCUUGCAAUCUCACGCAUGUCAGAAAUUAUACCUUGUAUUGGGCACGGAACCAUUCCUUGCGUGUGCGUUUUGCCAUACCGUCCAGGAUUUUCAGAUGUACAAAAUCUAUGGUCUCUGGCGCAUGUAUAUCGCACACGCAUUUGUGUUGUCUAUCGCUACCAUCUCACCGCAUGGCACUUUGCCGCGCGUCAUGGAACACAUGUCUCGGAGGGUACAGCAGAAGCGUGUCUUGAGUGCCGUUCGCACGCGCGUGCACUGGCGAAUGUGGGCAUGGAUCGUUCUCGUGCUUGCUUUUGUUCUUGAUGUGGCAGCUAUUUUGUACGCUGAGGAUCUACCCCUUCCAAGUGGCCGUUGGGAACAUGUACGUCUACGUGACACAAACUCUCACACACGUUACUAA